GGACAAUUUCUAUCGCUUUAGUCAGCAGUUAAACUAGUAAGACUAGUCCUCAUUUUACCGCGGAUCCCUGUAACUCUUUGAUGGAGCUGUGGUGAUCCCUGGACCUCAUGCCAGAACUGUCAGUUAAAUCCUCUCAGGUGUAGUUGCAGCGCAGGCUCCUCCCCAACUAGCUCUGACCGGACUGUCAGAAUUCAGAACAGGAAGACUGAUCUAGGGCUCGUAGCGCUUCCUCGCUGUCAUUCAGGGGUUAAAAAGUUAACUAAACUUGUAGCAGUUAUGGAAACAACUUUGGGAGACACCGUCGGGCUAAGUCAUCGGUAACACCAACUCGUCGCUCGUGUUGUAGUCGCCAAAACAACUCGUGGAAGUGGGAAGAGCGGAGUUUGUUUUCCCACGGAGACUUUACCUAUUUUAGCCAGACAAGCUAACAUAGCUAAAGCUAACGUUAGCACAGUUAGUACCUCAUACUGUCGGGACUUAAAAUCCACAUUGUUAAAGCUUUGCUUUGUGCUACACGUGGAAACUGGUAGAAUAAAGUACUCAUUUGUAUUUUAUAAACGCAACAGGCUGUUUUCGUACUUUUCGUCCCGAGGACUUGGUAUUGUGCUUUGAAUUUCCCUCCUUCAGUGAUACAGACAAGCGGCGGCUUAGCGAGGGGUUCGCUUUGGUGUAGUUGGCUUUCUACCAAAUCAUUAGCAACACUGUGCUAAUUGUGGCUAGUUAGCCAGGGCACUAGGCUAGGCCCAAGGGAAUUAACAGUUGGCUUUUUCGAAAGUUAAAAAACAUCGUCGGAGGAAACAUUUGCUUUGUUUUUUACGCGUGAGUGCGGGGAGAUUACCGCCGCACGGGUUUAUUUUGACACCCAAUUCAAGGAAACGGAUUAAUUUAUAAAUAUGGAUCCACAUUCGGGGAAUUCUGCCUCAGCUCCUGGUCCCAAGAAAGAGAAGAAAUCAAAGAAGAACUACGAGGAUGGAGAUGGGAAAAAGAAAUUUACACUCAAACGGCUGAUUCCUGACGAGUUGGAGCGUUUCACCAGCAUAAGGAUGAAAAAGGACAAGGAGAAGCCUGGCCAUGUGCCAGGUCAGCGACACUCUUCAGCUGCUAGCUAUGAGAUCAAUGCUCCGAGUGCUAUGCUGCAUGAUCAUUCUGAUGAAUAUGUCCUGGAACUCUUCGAACAGAUGCUGGUGGAUAUGAACCUGAAUGGGGAGAAGCAGCAGCCUCUAAGGGAAAAAGACAUUAUGAUCAAACGAGAGAUGGUCUCCCAGUACCUCCACACAUCUAAAGCUGGCCAAGACCAGAAGGAGGGCUCCAAAUCAGCCAUGAUGUACAUCCAGGAGUUAAAGUCAGACUACCGAGACACACAGCUGCUGAGCUGUCUGGAAUCUCUGCGAGUCUCACUCAAUAACAACCCUGUCAGUUGGGUGCAGAACUUUGGAAAUGAGGGGCUGGCCCUGCUGCUGAAUCUGCUUAAAAGACUACAGGAGGAGAAAGACGAGUACCCAAUGAUGGGAGUGAAAUGUCAACACGAGAUCAUUCGCUGUCUAAAAGCUUUCAUGAACAACAAGUAUGGUCUAAAAUCCAUGCUGGAGUCAGAUGAGGGAAUUCCUCUGCUGGUCAAAGCCAUCAACCCUAGGGUGCCUCAUAUGAUGGUGGAUGCUGUCAAGCUGCUCUCUGCCAUAUCAAUUUUGGAACAUCCUGAGAACCUUCAUGAGCGUGUUUUGGAGGCCAUUACAGAGGAGGCCGAGAGACGGGACAUUGAGAGGUUUCAGCCUCUCCUGGCUGGCAUGAACAUUCACAACAUUGCUCUUAAGGGUGGCUGCAUGCAGCUAAUCAACGCCUUGAUCAGCCGGGGAGAAGAGUUGGACUUCAGGAUCCAUAUUCGCUCUGAACUGCUAAGAUUGGGACUCAGAGACCAGCUGACGGAGGUGCGGACGAUAGAAAACGAAGAGCUGAGGGUGCAACUCACGGUGUUUGAUGAGCAGGCUGAAGAUGACUCUGAGGACCUCAAAGCACGUCUUGAUGACAUCCGCAUUGAGAUGGAUGAUGUGAGGGAAGUGUUUGAGAUCCUAGUCAACACCGUGAAGGACUCCAAGGCAGAAAGCCACUUCCUGUCCCUGAUGCAGCACCUGCUGCUGAUUCGUAAUGAUUAUAUGGCCAGGCCUCAGUACUACAAGCUGAUGGAUGAGUGUAUCGCUCAGAUCGUGCUUCACAGGAAUGGAGCGGACCCUGACUUCAAGUGCCGUAAUCUCAGCCUCAACAUUGAGGGCUUGAUAGACAACAUGGUGGACCAGACCAAGGUGGAAGCCAGCGAGACCAAGGCAAAUGAGCUGGAGAAGAAGCUGGAUGCAGAGUUGACAGCACGCCACGAGUUGCAGGUGGAGCUGAAGAAACUGGAGGGUGACUAUGAGCAGAAGCUGCAGGACUUGAGCCAAGAGAAGGAACAGUUGGCCUCUUCUAAGCUGGACCGAGAAAAGGAGAACCAGGGACUACAACAACAGCUAAGCACUCUGCAACAGCAGAUUGAAAAGCUGUCUAAGGAUCUGGAAGAGGCCAAGACUAAAGUAGUCACAGUUACUGUUCCUGUGCCAACACCCAGUUUUCCCCCUCCACCACCUGCCCCGCCUCUCCCUGGCCAGAAUGCAGGUAUGCCCCCUCCUCCUACCCCACCCCCACCACUACCAGGCCAUGCAGGCAUGCCGGUUCCCCCACCCCCUCCUCCUUUACCGGGUCAUGCCAGUAUUCCGCCUCCUCCUCCGCCACCUCCUUUACCAGGCAUGCCAGGACCUCCACCACCCCCGCCCCCCCCUGGCAUGCCAGGACCGCCACCCCCUCCACCCUUACUGGGGAUGGGACCUCCUCCACCACCACCACCGCCUGGGGGUCCUGGUAUCCCUCCUCCACCACCAGGCCCAGGCAUGCCUCCACCCCCACCGUUUGGUAGCUGGGGUGCCCCUGCACCACCUCCACUGCCUUUUGGGCUCAAGCCUAAGAAGGAGUACAAGCCUGAGGUCCAGCUGAAGAGAGCCAACUGGAGAAAGAUUGGACCUGAGGACCUCUCUGAGAACAGUUUCUGGACCAAGGCAAGAGAGGAGCAAUUUGAAAACAAUGAGCUCUUUGCCAAACUCACCUUGGCCUUCUCCUCACAGACAAAGACCACUAAAGCCAAAACGGAGCAUGAUGGCGUAGACGAAAAGAAGCAGAUGCAGAAGAAGAAGGUGAAGGAGCUGAAGGUUCUUGACUCCAAGUGUUCACAGAACCUUUCCAUUUUCCUGGGAUCAUUCCGUCUCCCUUAUGAAGACAUCAAGAACGCCAUCCUGGAGGUUAAUGAAAAGAUCCUCACAGAGUCCAUGGCUCAGAACCUGAUCAAACAACUGCCAUUACCAGAGCAGCUGAGUGUGCUGGGAGAGAUGAAGGAUGAAUAUGAUGACUUGGCUGAGUCCGAGCAGUUUGGAGUAGUGAUGUCCAGCGUGAAGCGGCUAAUGCCACGACUUCAGGCCAUCCUGUUCAAACUGCAGUUUGAGGAGCAGCUGAACAACAUCAAGCCAGAUGUGGUGUCUGUGACGGCCGCCUGCGAGGAACUCAGGAAAAGCCAAACCUUCUCCAAGCUGCUGGAGAUCAUCCUCCUUGUCGGGAACUAUAUGAAUUCUGGCUCCCGCAAUGGAAAGGCAUUUGGUUUUUCCAUAUCAUACUUGUGCAAGCUGCGUGACACCAAAUCAGCUGAUCUGAAGCAGACAUUGCUCCAUUUCCUCGCUGAUGUGUGCCAGGAGCAUUAUCCUGAAGUCAUGAGCUUUACAGAUGAGCUCAUCCAUGUGGAAAAGGCCAGCAGAGUUUCUGCCGAGACACUUCAGAAGAACCUUGAGCUAAUGGGCCGUCAGAUCAAAAAUCUGGAAAAAGAUCUGGAAACCUUCCCUCCGCCACAAAGUGACAAGGACCUGUUUGUGGAGAAGAUGUCCAGUUUUGUGGGUCUCGCCCAUGAGCAGUAUGAGAAGCUGGAUCUGCUGCAUAAGAAUAUGGAGAAGCAAUAUACCGACCUGGGAGAAUUCUUUGUCUUUGAUCCGAGAAAAAUCUCCGUAGAGGAAUUCUUUGGCGACCUCAACACCUUUAAAAACAUGUUCCAGCAAGCAGUGAAGGAGAAUCAGAAGAGGAAGGAGGCUGAAGAGAAGAUCAAAAUGGCCAAACUGGCCAGGGAAAAGGCAGAGAAGGAGAAGGAGGAGAAACUCAAGAAGAACCAACUCCUUGACAUCAACGCAGAGGGUGAUGAAACUGGUAUCAUGGAUGGCCUGUUGGAGGCGCUGCAGUCCGGCGCUGCUUUCAGGAGAAAGCGAGGACCACGGCAAGCAGCCAACCACCGACGAGCUGGUCAUGCAGUGACCAGCAUCCUGGCCAAAGAGCUGAUGCAGGAAGACACGCCUUCAUCCAGCAAAGUGCCCACUAAGAAGAAAAGGUCAGAGGAGAAGGAGGAGCCUAAACUAGAAGGAGCGGAGUCAUUAGAAGAGUUACUCGAGGCUGCUACUCCUCGGUCCCAUUAGGCACCCUGGGCAGGAAGUUUUUUUACUCAGUCAGUGAUAUCCAAACACAAAUGUAUUUCGUAGCCAUUCCAGGGGCCAAUAUCAAUCUGAGAUUAGUUUACUGAUUUUAAAGGCCCGUGCUUCUUCCGACCUUUGUCUUAACAGGACCAUCAUCAUUAGGGUAGCAUUGACUGUGUCUUCAGGGAGGACAGGGAGAGGCAGGGGAUGAGAGUGGGGCUCUCCCCUCAGCCACGACGCCUGGAUGUCCCUCAUCAACCUUUGGAUCUUUGCCAGUGUCAUAAAGAUUUAAUUGCUUUCUUCAGCAUGUGCACAUAUCUGUUCAUGUAUUUUGUCUGUUUCUGUUUCUCUGUAUAUAUACACAUCACUUGAUUCACCUGUCACUCAUCAAAGGGCAUCUUGAGCGAAUCCAAAGACUUACUCAGGAGGCAUCCACACUUUGUUUUUGCUUUUGUUUUGUUUUUUGAGGUUAUUUCCAAAUCCCAAAUUUAGACGGGGAAUGUCGGGAAUUUGGCACAUCCUGCAGGUGCUUCAUAGAGUUUUCUCUGGAUGUUCCAGGCCAAGACCACUUUGCGCUUUUUCACAUUGUUUUUUUUUUUUUUUUUUUUUUUUUACCUAUGAAACAUACGGCUUUGUAACUGUUAGAUAUAUUGUUUGUUACUGUUUGUAAAUGUUAAUAAUUUCGUUGUAUUAUUGAAAAAAGUGCCAACCAAUAGAAAUCCAGUCUUCUCAUUUCACUCCCAGGUUUUGUCCAGUCACAGUUUGCACUGGGCUGGUGUGUGGACCAGUCCAACAUCACCUGGGUGUUUCAGUGUGUUUUUUUUUUACUGAGAAGGGCUUUAGUUCACUAGUGUGCAUUCAUAAGUUAAAUCCACCUAAAAAUUGGGAUAAUUUACUUAAACUUGUCUAAGCUAUGUUACCACACGUGCCCAGUUACAUGGAUAAUACAUGUUCAUAACUUACAUACAUGAACAUUCCCAUAAAGCCCAGAGGGAAGUAGAGUUACAUGCGAGGAGAAAGUUCUUCCACAGUAAGUUCAACCAAAAAACUUUGCUUUUUAAAAGGGUGUUUCCAUACAAAACCUAACCUAGCCUAAGGAGCUUGCAUGCCUGUGUGCUUAUGUGUAUGAGAAUAUCUGAGUGUGUGAAGUAAGCUGCCUAUAUUUAGUUUAGUGUGCACACUCGACUUCCUACGUGUGUGUGUUUGUUUGUGCAUGUAGUUUUGAGUUUGUGCGUGUGUGUUGCCAUCUGUAAUUACUGCAUGGUACCGACCAUGUUGUCAUAAAUACUAGGUUUCAUAAACAGCUUUGUGGUCUUUCUGCUGAGGAUAUAGCACACUGGAACUGCCCAAGAACUGCUGAGACAAGUACGUGUGUGUUCAGUUGUUUGUGUGCGCGUGUGUGUAUGCUAUUCACCCACUUUCCCUCCCACUGAACUACAGCAGUAGUGACUGAAUGUCUGGCCUUGCUCUUAUUUGUAUUCAGUAGCCAUCAGCAUACAUGUUGCCAUGAUGUUGUGGUGUAAUAUCUGACAGGAAUCCUGCGAGGUGAUGUCAGCUGCUCCAUGCAAUAUUUAUUCCUAUGCAAACACAAUACUGUAGCCAGCUUCAGGAUGUAAUAACUACUCUUUAUUAACCCACUGGUUCAAGAUCAGUGCUUCAUAUUGCUGGUGAUUGAGAAAAUCUUUAUAGCUCUUUUAUAGUUCUACAUUUCAGGAAUCAAAAAAAUCUAUUUUUUCUCUACAACACCAGCAUUUAUAUGACAUCUUCCAUAGAAAGUUUAAUGUCUUUGGACAUAGAGUAACUGGCACUUAAACAUAAAAAGAAAUUAGGUUAUUCGAUUACAGUAAGUGAAAUCCUUGUUCUGAUCAAGUGCUGAUGCUUCAUUGUAAUCCAGUAACAAAAUAAUUGAGUGCAAAGACUGCUGCGCCUGCUCUCAAGCACAAAAUAUAUCGUAGCUGCAUUUAAACCAGAGACAUGACUGCUGUUUUAUGUCUGCGAUAUUCUCAUCUCUUCAGGUGGCCAGUGCCAGGUGAUUGUGUGUACCAGAUACUAAAAGUGGCUGUUUUCAACAUUAAAGAGAGAAAGAUUUGAAAAAUUAAAAGGAUAUCAGAACAUCACUGGAAUAUUUGUUUUCUAAUUCGAGUCAUUCCCUUUGUUCAGUAAUUUUUUUAAAGAGAUUGUUUUCUAUGUGAAUUUUUACGGUUGAUUAUUUUAAUGUAUUUGAAUGGAGACAAGAUUUUUUUUUUUUCCAGAGAUUGCUCUAUGUAUACAGAAUAAUGCACAUAGCCAUUCUGUUUGCUGCACAGAACUAUUAAAAAUGUCUUAAGUACUUUAA